AUGCAUCUUCCUAUUCUUCUCUUUCUUUUCCUCGGAAUGGUGGCUUCGGGGGAAACGGAGAAAUCUGCGAUUCAAAUCGUUGCUCAUCAUGUAAUGACAUUCGUGAAUGCAGUGAGCUCGAAGAAGAAAGAUGUUAUCCUUCAACUAUUCAAUACCACUGCUGACGACCAAAAGAAUGUGGACCAAUUCAUAGAAAAGUUCCAAGGGCUACAUAUUUCUUUCUCAUCUGCGAAGUUCAACAAAAACGGAGAAAUAGAAUCCACAGCUCGGAUUGCUGGCAAGAUUCCAGCGAGAAAUCCUGCCAGCCCAACUGGAUGGAUAAUUACUCAACUCGGAGGUCUGGAACCAGGAUCGGAAGGGAAAAAGCCGUUUUCGAUGUGCCAUGUUGGAUUGUUGUGGUGUGCGAUUGAAUCGGUGGUUGAAUGGGGUAAACACAUUAACAAUGAUGUAAACCUGGAUGAUUAUAAUUGA